AUGCAAGACCAUAUAGACGAGACUUCGGAGGUUCGGAUCAAGGUUCCGCAGGCCAGGGAGUUUACCGAGGUGCAAAACAUUCCCUCUGCCGAUUACCUUGCUCAGUCUCCUGCCAUUGAUUCGACCUCAGACCAAGGGACUAUUGGUUCUACAGAUGUGAACUCUUCUUGGGUCAACAUGGAAGGAGGCGUUUUGCAUGUGAAAAAGCUUAGAGAACCGGGAAAUGUUCCGAGCGUUGCUCACGAUAGGGUAGUUUCGGAGAUGCGCAUGGAUGAUAGGAGAGACUUUUCUCUCAACAUUGAACCUGUUCAGCGUAUUGUUUCUGUGCCCUUGCGACCGCCUGUAUUGCAACAGAAAGCUUUCAGUUUGAAUAGCACCGAUUCGAUCGACGAAGAAGCCGAACCAGCAGAUGAAGCAGCACCUUCCUUUGUGACAAUAGAUUCGGCCACACGUCUUAAACAGCACUGGACAUGUAACAAAGAUAUAGGCAAAGGUACCUUCAGUACCGUAUACCUGGACACAACACACAAUGUUGCCAUUAAGGUCUCUAACAUUCCAACGCAGGACCAAGAUACCAAGGUCAGGAUCCAGAGCUCCUUGAUCCGGGAGCUUUCUUUGUUGCAAUUGAUACAUCAUCCAAAUAUCGUCAAGCUGUUGGGGUCCAACUCUAGGCUCGAACGAAAUCAAGUGAUUAUGGCCAUGCCAUACUAUCGCGGUGGUGAUCUAUUCUCCUUGCUAGUGACAUUGGCUUCCGAUUUCAACUAUAAUCACAAGAGACUUGUGUUCCGCAACAUUGUGAGCGCAGUCAAAUGUCUGCAUGACAUGAAUAUCUGUCAUAGAGAUAUCAAGCUGGAAAAUGUGUUGCUUGCUCCCACGGUAGAGGAGUUCCGUGUUAUCUCUUUUGAAGAGCUGGCCGAGAAAUACAACGAGAAUCUUGCAGUCUUGUCUGAUUUUGGGCUGUCCAAAAAAAUCGAUCCCGAGAACCCUCUGUUAACCACCAGAUGCGGCUCAGAAGACUAUGUUUCGCCAGAACUGUUGCUUGGACUGGCGUACGACGGAAAACAGAACGAUUGUUGGUCGCUUGGGGUUUUGCUCUAUGCGAUGUUGGAGAAUAGACUGCCAUUUGAUCCUCUCCCUAACUCGACUGGAAGAGGCAGAAGGUCCGCAAAGCCGACACAUCGUAUCGCAACAAUCACGUGGAGCUGGAACCAUCUCAAGGACAGCGACCUGGACCCGUUGGGAAACGAUUGGGGGCCGGCCAAGCGCGUUGUCGAGCAACUAUUGGUCAAGAGAGAUCGCAGAGCGGAUAUCUCCACUAUUCAUGAGAGCGACUGGUGUAAGGGGAUAGUCUGCGAUUGA